AAGCACAACAACUGCAACAAAAAUACGUGGUCAAUUUGGCUUUGAGAAAAUAGAGAUUCAGAUCCAGGAAGAGAAACAAGGAAAGAAAAAAAACGAAACAGAUGGGAAUCAGAUUCAUAUUAAUGGUGAACAAGCAAGGGCAGACUCGUCUUGCCCAAUACUAUGAAUGGCUCACCCUCGAAGAACGACGUGCCCUCGAAGGCGAGAUCGUCCGCAAGUGCUUAGCCCGCAACGAGCAACAGUGUUCAUUUGUUGAGCAUCGGAAUUACAAAAUUGUAUACAGGCGUUACGCUUCGCUGUUUUUCUUAGUUGGAGUUGACAAUGAUGAAAAUGAGCUUGCAAUAUUGGAAUUUAUACAUCUCUUGGUUGAAACCAUGGACCGCCAUUUUGGCAAUGUGUGUGAGCUAGAUAUCAUGUUCCACUUAGAGAAGGCUCAUUUCAUGCUGGAGGAAAUGGUUAUGAACGGUUCUAUUGUUGAGACAAGCAAGGCUAAUAUUCUAAGUCCGAUUCAGCUGAUGGACAAAGCAUCAUGAGGGUGUAAAAGGGUUAGUUAAUUUUCUAGAUUGAAUAUUGUGAUUUUCUUUGUGAGCCCUGGCAAAUUGUUUGUUAUUUUCUCCCUGUUUGUUUACUGUUUUUGUUCUCCCUUUCCUAUAUAAAUUUCAAUUUUCAAAGUUUAGCAAGUUGUACAAUAAGUUAAGUAGAAUACAAACUGUUGAGAGUUUUCUCCUUACUGAAUCAUAUGCAGUGUUUGCUUGUA